CUAGCGUCCCGUCCUCAGGCCCUGACACGUGACGCUGCGAAGCUAUAAAUAGAAGUUGAACGGCACUGUGCUCAAUAGUCAUUGCUGGCAGUUUCAGAGAGAAGGAAGGAAAUGGCGUCGACUAUCCGUGGUGAUGCUCUAGCCCUUCCCAAAGUGCAAUGUCCAAACCAUCCAGAAGCACUUUUGGUUGAAGACUACCGAGCUGGAGAUAUGAUCUGCCCAGAAUGUGGACUGGUUGUUGGUGACAGAGUUAUUGAUGUUGGAUCAGAGUGGAGAACAUUUAGCAACGACAAAGCAGCAAAAGAUCCGUCUCGAGUUGGUGAUGCCCAAAACCCACUUUUAAAUGGAGGAGAUUUGAGUACAAUGAUCAGCAAGGGAACAGGUUCAGCAAGUUUUGAUGAGUUUGGCAACUCAAAGUACCAGAACCGCAGAACUAUGAGCAGCUCCGACAGAGCGAUGUUAAACGCAUUUAAGGAAAUCACCAACAUGUCGGACAGAAUAAACCUCCCCAGAAAUAUCAUAGAUCGGACAAAUAACUUAUUUAAGCAAGUGUACGAGCAGAAGAGCCUGAAGGGAAGAAGUAAUGAUGCAAUUGCUUCUGCUUGCCUUUAUAUUGCCUGUAGACAAGAGGGUGUUCCACGGACAUUUAAAGAAAUUUGUGCAGUCUCCAGAAUUUCUAAAAAAGAAAUUGGCCGAUGUUUCAAGCUGAUCCUGAAGGCACUUGAGACGAGCGUGGACUUGAUAACAACUGGAGACUUCAUGUCCAGAUUCUGCUCCAACCUGGGGUUGCCCAAGCAAGUGCAAAUGGCUGCUACCUAUAUUGCAAGAAAGGCUGUUGAGCUCGACCUGGUACCUGGCAGGAGCCCUAUCUCUGUUGCAGCGGCAGCCAUCUACAUGGCAUCACAGGCCUCUGCAGAGAAGAAGACUCAGAAAGAAAUCGGAGACAUUGCAGGUGUUGCUGACGUCACAAUCAGGCAGUCAUACAGACUCAUCUAUCCUCGAGCUGCAGAUCUCUUUCCACCAGACUUUAAAUUUGACACCCCUGUAGAUAAACUUCCCCAGCUGUAAAUUGCUAUAUGUAAUGUUGAAGUUAAAGUUGUUUUUCUUUUUUUGGUAAACUUUGACUUUCAUAGACAUUUAAAAAAUAUUAUUUGAGCCUUCUAUUGCGAGAGAGUGAAACUUUGUUAAGAACUGCAAGAAUAAAAUGAGUACAGGACACAUUCCAAUGCUUAAAAAAAGCAGACUGUUUGUAUAUAUAAUAAUGCAAAGGGAAGAAAUGUAUUUAUGAAGCUGGUUGCAGAAAGAGAUUUCAUACUGUAUUUACACUUUUGUAGAAGCAAGUUCUAUUUUGUCAGUUGUAUGCAAAAUAUUUAGUAAAUUAAAAACAAAUGAAACAAACAAAAAAACAAAGUCAUUCUUGGUAUGCCCAGGUCUGCUGACCUUUUUUUACAUUUUAGAAAUUCUAUAUUCCUUAGAUUGUAUUUAGAAUUGACAUCAGCUCUCACUUUGGAUACACUGUUAUUGUAGUCUUGAGAUUUAAAAUGGUGUCUGAGCUCUACAAAGGCAGGACAGGUCUGCAGGUCACUGAUAUCCCAGAAGUGGUGAAGUGUCUUUGAUGCAGUGGAGUAACAGUCCAAGAACGCAUAGUUUGUCCAAGGAGGACCCUGGAAAGUAAUGCGUGUGUGGAGACCAGUCAGUAAUCUAAGCUUAGGGGAACUGCUCGCAGGAUGGAUCUCUUGUGCAAGUCUGCAUCACCAGCACUGUUCCACAAGGCGUCACUGAGCCCUGCAGGAGAGCAGUGGCUUUUUGUACAUGAGGUGGUACUGCAACUGAUCAUUAUUCAUCUGUGCCAAUUGAAGGGAUUACAUUGUGCAAAUGGGAGUAAUUUGCUGUAAUGACCCACAAAAAGGGUUUGAUUACUGACUGGUCUUUUAGUUUUUGCUGUUUCACAAUUCUGAGACUGAAGUUGAGUUGGCAGUGAUUUGCUUGCUGAAAAAUUGUCAAUAUCAACAGCCCUGCUUUCUUCAUGGUGCUGCAAUCGGAUACACUAAACCAUCAUAUUGAAAUCUAAACUAGCACGUUUACUGUCUAUUAAUGUAUACAUAAGGUUGUAUACUCAAUUCUAAGCAGGUUACCUGUGCAGAAUUUAAUGAAGUCAGUGCUCUGGGUUUACGAUAACCUUUAACGGUUUGUUCUGCAUAUAAUCUAAAAAGAUUUUCAAUAAUGAGACCUGUAUCAAGUCUGUGGUGUUUGAUAUCAGUGUAAUGCUUUUAUAAAGGAAGCAGUUGAUAAUCUUGUGAGUUUACACAAUUUGAAGUCUGUUUGUUGGAUCUCCCAGGAUUUUGUACAUUGUACACUUGAUGUGAAAACUUUAUUUGUUUAUUUAUUUUUAAGAAGGGCUUGCUGUAUUUCCAGCAAGAGAUUGUAAAUACAUUUGCAGUCAUAAUUGCAUGCUAAUUUACAAAUAAAAAUUCAGCUGUAUUUUGUGUUUGAAGCACAUCAGUGGGGAGAAAAACAAAUGACCUAACACUAAAGCAAAGGUUAAGUAAGUACUGAAGAGCUGGCCAGAUCAAAAGUAGUGUUAAAUAAUUUAGCUUGCACAUGCCAGGCAUCACUUCUGACUAAAUUCGAACUAGCAGCUAUAAUGAUACACCUCUAUGCUUUUUAUAGAUGUAGUUUAUAAAUGUAUCCAAAUGAUGUUUUCUGUUUUAUAUAUUAUUAUGCACAUCUUUAAGUCUAUGCCUCUGGCUCCAAAACUCCCAUAUCUAUCAAUUUCCAGUGUAGCUAACAUUGACUUUGCAAGGCUUACAACACCAUGCUUCAAAUGGAGGAUUCCCUGGAAAACCCUCAUCUACUGAACAUUUGCAUGUGUCAUAAAUAAGUGACACCUGACAUCAUAGCAGCAAUUUGCAUAUUUUAUUUUUAUUGCUGAAUGCAUCUGAAAACCACUGCCCUAUUACACUUUUUAUACUCUGGAACACUCUAAUCAUUCAACAAGUUGCAGCCCUUGUUUUGUUCAUUAAUUUAGAUAUGAAUUACUAAUUUAGAAAAUGUCACUUAUUUACAGUUGAUCUGUAGCAGAUCUGGUCCUCUUAAUACAUUCCUCAAAUAGCAAACGAAGCAGACUUUCUAAAGACCGACUAAAACCCUCAUGGUCAGAUCUGCGUCUUUUCAAAUACUGUAUCCCUGUGCUUCAGACACAUUGUACACUGACUGCUUGCCAUGCAGGGUAGCCUAAGUUGAACUACUAAGUAUUUUGAAAUGUGAUAUUCGUAAGGGAAGCUGGGAAUAGAGAGACACAACAAACUGAGCAGUCUCAAAUGUCUUAUAAAAUAAAUAAAAAUAAAAAAGGGGGUAAUCUCCAAAGCUAUAUUACUCCUGCAUUUCUUCAUCUAAAUAAAUAGAGUAGCAGCUUGGAUGUCAUGUAUUGGAAAGUUUGGCUAUAGCAAGCAGAUAGCAAAACUUACUUAACUGUUUCAGUUACAGAAAAAGCAAACAAUACAAGGCUGUUCUAUUACAAAUAUCUUUUAAUUUGUGCAUUCAUGAUAUGCAUAACGACUGCAAAACACUCAUGAUUUUCUUGGUCAUAACCUUAUCAGCACACAUUUAACUUAAAUGUAGUGUACCAUUUUAAAGCAUCACUUCUCACAAAAGUGCUCAAGCAGCCACUUUUAAAAUGUAUAUAGAAAAUGUAUUUACAAUCUAUUAUCUUUUUAUAGGCUAAAAAGUUGAUACAUUUAAAACUACAUAGAUACAAUUAGUGCUUUGAGCUCCUGUGUACAUAUACCCUGCCCCCUUUAUACCCUUAGUGAUUUAUAUUUAAAAAUGAUUUUCUGUACAACUUUAGUUACUGAGCCAAGGUUAUUGUACUUUCUCAGUUUAUAAACAUAUUAUUCUUGUUUUACCGGUGCCACCAAAUCAAAAACACUGGAUCUGAAAUCUAAUAAUCAGGCUGGAUCUCAAAAUUUACAAUAGAAAAUGUUUUGGUACUCAGCAAUUUGAGAUAUGUGGCUUGAAAUCAAUUUAUAAUCAAACAUAAUCCCUUCAAUAUCUCCAUUACCUCAGUCUUUUACAAACUGUUUGAGUGACAGGUCUACAGGUUGUAAUAACCAUUGUGUAAAAUGUAAUUACAUGGAGAUUAUGCUGAUCAAGUUAUUAAAAAAAAAAAAAAAAAAAACCUGUCAAGCCCCAACCCGAGUAAUACCUGAAUAAAAGUGCAAACAUUGAACCAUGUUUUCAGCAGUAUUGCUCUUUUAGACCAAGGAACUGUUCCAACAUAAGUACAUUACAGGACUGACUGGUGCCUUAAAAUGUAAAAAAAAAAAAAAAAGCAUGAGUUUUAAAAGAGAAAUGUUUAGCAUUUCAAGAUACAGCCUGCUUUGGCAUAUUUAAGCCAAAAUAUACACUUUGCUUUGUGAAAUAUUAUAUAUCUUUUUUAAAUUAAUUUUUUAUUUUACAUUCCAUUUGAGAAUUCAAAGUUUAUUUUGACCUUGUAGCUAUUAAAUUCCUGAUAAACUUAAUGUAAUCCUUCGGAUGGCCACUAAUUCAGAAAAAAAACUCUGUGAAUGUAAACUAAAGUAAGAAGUUCCAAACUUACACAUUACAGCUUGUAUACAUUGUCAUACAUCCCCUACAGGCUUUACAAAAAUGGUUAACAUCUACAGCAGAUGGAAGAUGCACUAAACCGAUGUACUAAAAAUACAGUAUAAAACUAUAAUCUUGUAUUUGUUCACUGAUCUUGGUACAUAACAUGGAAGGACAAUACAAAUACAGGAGACUGUAGAAAAACUCCAAGUAGGACAAAUGUGGGCCGUCAUUUAAAUCACACAAGACUUUUUUGUAAUGUUCCUUUGUUCUUUUUAGAAGGUGUCACCUGGGCCCAAUAUACUAUCAACUGUUUGGCAAGUGGCUUUGGUAGGUGUUCAGUACCUGUUUUUUGCUGCAUGGAAGCCCACAUAUUGUCGUCUCAGAAAAUUAAGGCAUCUAGUUGUUAAACAUAAUAAAUACAAUAAAAAUGUACAAGGCAAGGACCAAGAUUAGUGUUCCAGAUAAAAUCAAGACAAAACAAUUCUCAUGAUACUCAGUCUUUGAAUAAAAAAAUGCACAUUUCUGGCUGAAUAGAAGUUAAAAAAGUAGUCAAGACUGUCAUUGCCUUAUUACUUGGUGAGACCAUGUCGCAAUGUUGGUAAUUCUAAAGCACCUGAAGUCUAAUGUGGCACAUUCUAAGAUCAUUACAAUUUUACCUAAGCCCAAAAUAGUUUAUAUAUAAAAAUAAAAUAAUAAUAAUAAUUAAAAAUCCAAACCUGGGGACAAUGCAUGUUUUUACAGUAAUGAUCCCAAAGUAAAUCAAAAGGUGGAUUUUGUGUUUCCCCAAACAGAUAUCCUUAAUUAAAAAAAAAAAAAAAAAAAAAAGGAUUCCCAGUGCUCAGACAAAACAAAACGUUCAUUGGCCACUUCUUUUGACAGGUCUUAUAUAUAUGGGGGGGGGGGGG